CAACCACUUUACUAACUGAGUCAAGAAGCAGCGAAAAUGUCCUAAUGCAACCUUGGAGGCAACAAUCACUCAAAUUGACAUUAAAUUUGUCUGGUUAUAUUGAAGGGAAUGGACCAGUCAAGGGGAAUGCCAGAAACUGUCAAAACAGACACUGAAAAGGCUAAAUCAUUCUUAUUGAAAUGCUACACUACGACAUCAAUCUCUCAGUGUGCUGGAUGAGUCGUCGUCAUACAGGUUUACUGGGUUGGAUGCUGAGGAAAUCAAAAACCGGCUGACGAAAUACAUCCGAUUGAAUAUGAAGCAACUCAAAGCGACCGAUGUACUGGCAUCAAAACAAGUAAUGCUGAUAGCCAGGUCCUUGAUGAAACUGCUGGAAACAUUUGGGGAUGGCCAAAAGAGACGCUUCUUGGACUAUGUCAACAGCAGACUUGGCAUCUCCAAAUCAUCUUACUACUACUAUAUGGAGCACUAUGCCUUUAUGGCAGAAUUUACCAGACAUUUGGGUCUCCUAAUAUAAGCUAUUUUUUAGCUGAAUGCAUUCAUCAGAGUUCUGGUUCAAAACUACUGUUGGAAAAAGAUUGAGUUUUGUGAAAGGUUGUGAGCAAUUUGAAGGCUAUUCUAAACAAAAGUCAGGUUCAAAGUCUAUCAGUGAAUUUUUCUAGCAGCUCGAGUCUUUCAAUGCAAUAUCCUAUGCUUUUCCUACCAAAGUUCAUACUUGUAAAGUUGAUCUGAAGACUGUUUUAUUUUUUUGUAGCUUUGAAACAUCGACAAUCUUUUCCAGAUGGUAUAUCAAGUAUUCGAAAGCAUCAUUUGGGUUCUGCAAUCUCAAAUUUUCGGUUUUAACGAGAUCCUCGUCACUCUUGGUUUGCACAGAUAGAGAUCGUUGAGUAGAACCAAUGCCCAUUCGAGUUUCUGUUGUAAGCUUUCAAAAGUAGGUUAAAGUUUCAGUAUUUCUUUCUCUUUAAUAGUAAGAAGCUGCUCCUUUAAAGCCAAAUUUCCCUCCUUGCAAGUUAAAUUCUGGUUCAAAUAGAAUUUCAAGUGGUGCUCUGAGAGUGUAAGCUUCCAUUCUCCAGUUCACAGAAAACCUCGACUUUUCAAUUCAGCCAAUAUUUUGUAAAAUGGCAAAACUCUCCUGAAAACCCUUUGAUUCCUGACUUGAAUCAGCAGUAUUGUUAACGUUUAGUCGACUUGUUGAAAAUUUUGCUGUAUAAUCCGUUAGCCUCUGCUGAAUGAAAAAAUUAAGAAACAUUAGU